AUGACAUCAACCGAAGAUUCAGCCACCAACAAUAAUUCAACACCAAACGGUGCCACCAGUGAUCAACAGGCUGAGCAACACAAGGAACCAGAAUACGACGGAACCGAAUUAGAUGCCGAUGAAAAUGUAGAAUCAGUUGUACAAUUUUCAAGUUUUGAAGAGUUAAUCGCAAGAAUAAGAGAGAACAAGGAGGCCGGUAAUGCCAUGUUUAAAAAAAAUAGUUAUGAAGAUGCUAUUCCAUUUUAUAACAAGGUUCUAGAAGUAUGGUUCAAUUUAAAGGAGAACAAGUAUACAAAUAUCUCUGCUACAAAGGAGCAAUUUCAUCAAGCUGAAGAACUGGUUCGUGAUACAUUUAACAAUGCUGCUUUAGUAAUGUUGGAAAUGAGAAAUGUUGGUGAAGCAUUUAGAUGUGCCCAAAAUGCAUACAGAGUUUUACAAAAUACUAAAUCUGUCUACAUUAUGGCUAAAUGCUUCUACUUUUAUAAAGAGUUUCAAAGAGCAAAGACCUACUUGGCAAUUGUGUUAAAAGAGCAACCAGAAAACAAGGAAGCACAAGCAUUAAUGGAAAAAUGUGAUGAGGAGGAAGAAGAGUAUGAACCACCUUCAAUGUUCAUGUAUAAUAAUAGUUUUAGAAAUAGAGAGGAGGAUGAAUUGGAGAGAGCCAUUGCUCUUUCUAAAGCAGCAUAUGAGGAAGAGGAAAAGAAGAGAAAAGAAGAAGAAGCUGAAGACCUUAAAAGAAAACAAAAAGCAGAUGCGGAACAAGAAGAAAUCUUACGUAACUUCCAAAUUGAACAACAAAAGAAGCAAUUAGAAAAACUCAAAGAGGAAGAAGAGGAACAUCAAGAUGAUGAUUAUGAAGUUGAGAUUGACGAUGAUGAUGUUCAUGUGCAUCACGAUGAGAAUGAAGAUGAAAUAGACGAUGAUAUUUCUCUCACACAGAGCGAGAUUGAGGAACAAAUGAGAUUAUUAGAAUUGGAGGAACAGAAGGCUGAUUUUAUUGAAAAUGAUGAUGUAGAUUAAACUCUAUGGAACUUUUUGU